AUGAUUUUUGUAUACCAUGAGUGUAACAAUAAUAGUCGAAAAUCACUGGAGUUAUAUAGAGAAAGAUUUCCUACUAGAAAUCAACCUUCCCGAAUGAUUUUCUCACGUUUAGUAAACUGCUUAAAGAAAACUGGUCAUUUUCCUGACGGAAAACACCAGUCGCACAUGAGAAAUGUGACCCAUAUUGCGGCAGAAGAAAAUGUUAUUACAUAUUUUAUAGCAUUUCCGAAUACAUCUUUAUCCAAAGCAUCUAAAGAUCUUGGUAUACCGAAAACAUCAGUACACAGAAUUCUAAAAAGGCAAAAUAUGUUUCCUUAUAAAAUUCAUAUAGUUCAACAUCUUCGUGCUACUGAUUAUGAUAAACGUAUGAAUUUCAUUGCUUGGUUUAAGGUUAUGAUGGAAGAUGAUCCUUCACUUAUAAAUAAAAUAUUAUGGACCGAUGAAUGUAAGUUCCAAAAUAAUGGCAUAUUGAACCGUCAAAAUUCUCGGUAUUGGAGUGAAAAAAAUCCUUGUUGGAUGAGAGAAAGUAAAUUUCAAGUCAUGUGGAGUAUAAAUGUGUGGUGUGGAAUUAUAGGUGAUACUUUGGUAGGCCCAUAUUUUUUUGAAGGUAUAUUAACCGGGGAAAAAUAUUUACACUUUUUACAAAAUAUUUUGCCCAUAUUAUUGGAAGAUGUGCCUCUUGACGUACGGACUGAUAUGUACUUCCAACAAGAUGGUUGCCCAGCUCAUAAUGCUAAGAUUGUAAAAGCAUUCUUAAACGACACAUUUGGUGAAAAAUGGAUUGGAACAGUUGGCCCAAUUCCAUGGCCUCCAAGGUCUCCAGAUUUAACAUACAUCAAUGACAUGAAAGAAAAAAUAAAAUCUGCAUGUUUUGAAUUGUCGAAAGAAACAUUAAAAAAUUCCACUGGAAGGAAGUUAAUGGAACGUUUCGAAAACUGUAUGCAAGAAGCUGGACAUCAAUUUGAACACCUAAUGCAAUAA